UUGCUUCGGUGAGAAGAGGAAGGAGAACAAGGUUAAAAUGUCUCUGAACGUUCCGGGCCUGAUCGUCAUGGCGAUCUUCUACUUGCUGAUCCUAGGCACGGGGAUCUGGGCCUCGAUGCGCUCCAAGAAGGUGGAGAGGAAGUGUACCGGGUCGGACGGGAUGGAGAUCACGCUGCUUGCCGGACGCAACAUCAACCUUUUGGUGGGGAUCUUCACUCUGACUGCUACGUGGGUUGGAGGAGGGUUUAUCCUGGGUAUAGCGGAGGCUGUCUACAACCCCACCCUGGGUCUGGUCUGGGCUCUGAUGCCAGUCCCCUACAUACUCACCUUCUUCCUGGGUGGUUUUUUCUUCGCCAAGCCAAUGAGGGAAAACAAGUAUGUGACGAUGAUGGACCCGUUCCAGAUAAAGUAUGGCAACGUCCUGAGCAGCCUGCUCAUCUUCCCAGCGCUCAUUGCAGACGUCCUGUGGGUCGCUAGGACGCUGGUCAGCCUAGGUGGCACUAUGAGUGUGAUUCUGGACCUGCCCUAUGUCUACUCCAUCUGUAUCAGCUCUGUGGUGGCCAUCAUCUACACUCUACUGGGAGGACUCUACUCUGUAGCCUACACCGACGUCAUCCAGCUCAUCCUCAUCUUCCUCAGUCUGUGGAUCUGUGUGCCAUUUAUGAUGACCAACCCAAACUCCAUGGACAUCACUCUGACCGCAUUCAACGAAACGUUCCAGGCCCCAUGGGUCGGCAAGCUGGAGCUGAGAGACGCGGGGAAGUGGAUUGACGACUUCAUGGUUCUGGCUCUGGGAGGCCUGGCCUAUCAGGCCUUCUACCAGAGGAUCCUAUCAGCGUCGUCCUACACCCAGGCUCAGGUCACCUGCUUCGCCUCCUCAGCUUUCUGCCUGGUGCUGGGCAUCCCGUCUGUCUUGGUGGGGGCUGUCGCUGCAUCCACAGACUGGAACCUGACUAGCUAUGGUUCUCCGACCCCAUACGAGCGCGGCCAGGCCGGAUCCAUCCUCCCCAUCGCCCUGCAGUACCUCACCCCCUCCUACGUCUCCAUCAUCGGCAUUGGGGCCGUCGCUGCCGCCGUGAUGUCAUCCAUGGACUCCGCUCUCCUCAGCUCCGCCUCCAUGUUCUCCUCCAACAUCUACAAGAAUAUCAUCAGGAAUCAGGCCUCAGACAGGGAGAUGCAGUGGGUGAUCCGUAGCUCGGUGGUGGUGUGUGGCCUGGCGGGGACGGCCCUGACCUUCCUGGAUAACAGUGUUCUGGUUUUCUGGCUGGUGGGCGUUGACAUGUCAUACACCAUCAUGUUCCCACAGCUUGUCUGUGUCCUCUUCUUCAAGGUGUCCAACGGUUACGGUGCCAGUGUGGGGUAUUUCCUAGCGUUGGUCCUCCGUAUCCUGAGUGGGGAACCCCUCAUCAACCUUCCCCCUGUCAUCCACUUCCCUGGGUUCAGGAAGGACGCGGAGGGCGUGAUGACCCAGUUCUUCCCGUUCCGUACCACCAUCAUGCUGACGUCUCUCUGCUCCAUCCUCAUCACCUCCUGCGUCACCUCCGUCAUCUUUAACAAGGGGCUGCUGUCGGAGAGGUGGGACGUGUUUCAGAUCAAGAGGUCGCAGGCCAAAGUCACGGCGCUGACCAAGCUUAAGAAAGAGGAGAGUAAAAAGGACUACGCGAAGGCCAAGGAGGCGGUGGUGAACAAACAGCUUCUGGACACCAGCUGCUGAACAGGGGAGAACGAUGGAAACUGAGGACGGCCAUAUUGAGGCAAAGGGUUUCGUUGGUCGGGCGGACAUUUUGUGUUUCUGCUGAGGACUCGGAAGGAUUUGGAGACGGGAGGAUGGUCGAAAACACGCAACAACAACAACAAAAAUAACCCCCAUUAUGACAUCAUGUGGUCAUAAAACAUUGUGUUGCUGGUAAAAAUGACCAGACACUUGGCAGUUUCCAGUGACCCGGGUUAAUUAGACAAAAGCAAUGUCGCAAAGAAAAACGGCAGCUCUACGAGAAACGUUCUAAUGAACGACAACAUUUCCUUUUCCACAGAGGUGGAGUUUUAUUUUGUCUGACUUUCUUUAUUGAGACAAAUGAUCGAAAUUAUCGUGUUUUUCUAAUAAACGAUGAUUGCUGAAUACUUUUGAAGGUACGCGGGGCACGUGAUGUCAUCACAUCACUAUAAAGCAGUUUAUACCCCACAGUUCAUUCUAAAUGCUGACUGCUUGCUAAAUCUAUUUCUAAACUAUAAAAGAAAAUACUGUUUCUUUGCAGGACAAGGAUUGUCUUGACUUUCAAGAAAGCCUGAAUUGCUUUGCUUUGCUUUGCUGAUUGGCUGAAUGCAAGUUUCACCAUCUUAGCCCCUACACCCUAGACGUCAAACUCAUUCCACGGAGGGCAGAGUGUCUGCAGGUUUUCGCUCCUUCUACUUGAUUGAUGAAUUAAGGUCACUAAUUUGUAAGGAAUUCCCUUCACCUGGUUUUCGAGGGCUUAAUUGAAAGGAAAAACCUAAAACCAGCAGACAACUAGGCCCUCCAUUGGAAUGAGUUUGACACGCCUGUCCUAGACACUCCUGUCCUAGACACUCCUGUCCUAGACACUCCUGUCCUAGACACUCCUGUCCUAGACACUCCUGUCCUAGACACUCCUGUCCUAGACAC